AUGAGGGUCUGUUGGAAUGCUAAUUGUACACAGAGGACCCACCAGAGCCAUUUGUUUGAGCCCAAGCUCCUAGACUCGAUGGCAUUGUGCACAUGGCGCAGCCCGAUUCGUUCAACCAGGAGGAGGCCUGCUCCUCCAAAACGUCGAGCUCAGCAGCUCAUUGACGCUCAUCUCUAUGAUCCGAAUUUUUGGCCGGCCUUGCUCCGGCAUCCGCCCACGGCUGAUUUCUUGGCAGAGGUGCUGAAAAGCAGAGCCUCCCAAGAUGAGGCCUUUGCAUCACUGGUGGCUCGAAGCUGCAUGUCGCUGACGCCAACAGGUCCGACCUCCACUCCUCAGAAGCGUAGCGCCUCCAGCCUCAAGAGAUUCAAAAGCCAAGAGCCACGAGCAGGUGUGGUCCCUCGUUCACUCCUGUCAGCUUUUGAGGAAUCUCCAGACAUCCCAGCCAAAGCAGCUAAGGUGGUUCCUACAUCUCAAGAGGAAUGCUUUUUGGAACCUUUGCCUCUCGUGCUGGCUGCUCAGAUCGCAUCAUUUCUGAAGCUGCGCGAGAAAUUGCUGGUUGUAGCCAGCAAUCGUCAGGCCGGGGCACUAAAGCAACUUGUCAGUGCCUGGGAGCCACUGGUCCUGGAUGCAACCGACUGCGCUUACAUCCUGCGGCGCCUGCGGAGCAUGGAUCCUCGUGGCUAUUUGGAGCCAAAGUUCUAUCCACCACCGAUAUGCUCAGCCUGGGCGGAAGUCAAUGAGGUCAGUGUAGAAAUCAUGGAGCCAGACAAACCGCCUUGUGAGGGCAUGCGACCGCAGUUCCAUAGAUCAUCAGUCAUGGCAAGAAUGAUUUUAGACCCAAUCGAGGAAUUGGCGCGUCGUCUCUCAGCGGGUUGGUUAGCUGGAGCAGCACACUUGCACCUUUCAAAUAUCGAAGCAACUCGAAUGGAUGCCCUUUUCUUGGACUUCCGUCUCAAGGCUUUUCGGAACUUCCCUUCCCUGAAACUGCAGCACGAUGGCCUGGAUACCAACAGAUAUUGCUUGCAUGCCUCCAAAGCACCAUCGCUCCUGCCUAGCAUCCAAGAUGCACGUGCAAUAAUGCAAGAGCGAUUCCCAAGAAGGCCCGAGUUGCAGCUGUUGCUCCAGUGGCCUGAAGAGAUUACAGAACCUGAAGCACUGUUCUUGCAAGAGCACACUCUCAUGGUGAAGGCUGGGCAUAGCUUUCGCAAUUUGGAGCGGCUGUGGCAUGUCAUCACCGAAGAAGAGGUAAGAGACCAGUAUGGCCUUUUGCAUGCCGAGCUGAAGAGUGGAAGGCAAGAACCCAGAGAAGCUGGCGUGAUAGUAAUUGCAGCCUAG